AUGCCUUCUUCCAAAGUACCAACAUACUAUCUGCCUCCACCACAUUCUCGACCUAUGACAUCUUCGACCACAACGUCAAUCUCUGCUAAAGCUUCAUCCUCAACUUCGAUUCUUCCCAAACGACCUACCAUCCCAAAUGUAUACUUGUUCAAAGACAUCUUAUCUGCUUUAGGUGAAUCAUCAAGUGAACCAGAGCAUGAACCUAAAUAUGUACACGAAGAUAAAGCGGAAGAUAUACCACAUAUAGCAAGGGAAACUUUAGCAGUCGAUAAUGAACUCCAUCGAUUGAAACGUUCAAUAUCCGAAAGGAAUUUAUCAAAUAACAGGAAUACACAACAUGAUAUCCAAUCUAUCGAAAAACUGUUACAUCAACAUAAAUUGGAAAAAAUGGAAUUCGAUAGGACAAAAAUUGAACUGUCAAAGGAAAAAGAUUUGAAUACACGAUUGAUGAGAGAUAUGGAAAAGAUGAAGAUGAAAUUUCAAGAUAGAUUAGAAGAAAGUCAAAAAGCGAAUAAAAAGGCAUUGAAAAUCUUAAUGGGAUUGCAGAGAGAUGAAUUCAUAUCUUGGUCUAAAGAGUUGAUACCCCAUCUACAACAGAUCGAUUCUGGUAUCAAGAUGAGAAUAAAGAACUGGGAAAAGACAGCUAGGAAAGGGGGAGAUAUGACAACAAGAGAGAAAAGGGAUAGUUCACCUGAUUCGGCGAUCAACGUCAUGGACAGGAAUAGGAAAAAGGAUGGAAGGAGAUCACCAGGAAAAUCGAUCGGAACCAGAAGUGUAAGGUUGGUGGUCGCCAGGGAUGCGGAGGCACAUUCUCAUGCUACAAAGUGUAAGUCCAGCAAGUCUGGGUCAAUCAAAAUCGUCAAGCUGAUUGACAACAUCGUCGUUAGAGCAAUCUUCAAACCGGAAUAA